UCUGUUUAAUACACCUCGUGCCCGCUUACAAGUUACCUUGUGUGUAACUUAUUUAUUUUUAAAUAGUGACAUCAGUUAAUGUUAUGUCUAAUGACCAACUCUGGCCUAAAUCCCAGAUCCCAUGGCGUGCCUCGCUGCAGGACCCAAAUAAAAUAAAUUCAAUAAUUAAUUGCUGAAAAAUUAAACGAAACAUUGGUCAUUUACAAUCACAAAAUAAUUUUUUUUACAUUUAUACACAUACCUACAAUUGCCAGAAGAUCUUUUUCACUUUUAAUAAACCCACUAAUUGCUUAAUACCCACACAGGUUUACGACCACGAGGGAAAAGUAAACAGGGAUAUUCAGCCUUACACCGAUGACUCGGGUUUAUUGAUGGAGAAUCAUCCUCUUUAUGUUAUGGUCAAAUCGAAGCGCGAGUCUCUCUUACGCCACCCGCUGGUGAUAAGUUUACUCAACCAUAAAUGGAAAUCUUACGGACGAACUUUCUACUACACCAACCUAUCAAUAUAUAUCAUCUUUAUGGCUUUCCUAAACUCUUACAUGCUAACCGUCCCCCCGCCAUUCGUUUACAACACGACGGCAACCAUACCAAACGUUUGCACCUCAAUAUUACCCGUCGCGCAAGAUAAAUGGGGGUCAACAUGUCGACCAAACUACUCGGGGUGGCAACCGGUGGCUGCCGUCAUUAUACUUGUGCUGGCCGGGUUGAAUCUCGUUAAGGAGGCGUUUCAAUUAUUCAGCCAACGGUUAAGUUACUUCCGUAGCACGACGAAUAUUAUUGAGAUGGCCCUUUAUAUUCUGUCUAUUUUGGUUGUUAUUAACGUGAACGACUUCUCGAGGGCAACUGGGAUGAGAGAGCCAUGGCAGUGGCAAUGCGGGGCCGCCGCUCUCUUUUUCUCAUGGCUUGGACUUCUACUUUUCAUUCAAAACUUUCCUCGAUUUGGAAUUUUUGUUCUCAUGUUUAACGACGUAUUGUGGACGUUUGCGUCGUUCUUCGCUGUGUUUGUUCUUUUUAUUCUCGGGUUCGCGCUGAGUUUCUAUGUCUUGCUCAUGAACCAGGUAGCAUUUAGUCAAUGGUGGAAAUCGAUAAUCAAAACAAGCGUCAUGAUGAUCGGAGAAUUUGAAUACGACGGAAUAUUUAAUUCUGUUCCAACAAUGGUUUCGUACCAAGCGGUGACUUACACGUUAUUUGUCGUUUUCAUGAUUAUUAUGAGCAUAAUUAUCAUGAACUUGCUCGUGGGGUUGGCUGUUGAUGAUAUUAAGGGGGUGCAAGACAACGCAGAGUUGGAAAGAUUGGCUAUGCAGGUGAAACUUGCCCUCGAAGUAGAGUUCACCCUCCCCCAAAUAUUCCGUCGUCGUUUCAUUCGACAAUCUCGUUCAUUCUUCCCGAACCUCCAUCGUCGUAAACAUUGGAUCGUACGUUGGUUUCACAGCGAGGAACAUUUGAACCAUCGCACGAUACACGACGCGCUUAACCCUGAGAAGUCAGACCUCCAACUAAUCGACACCAAAGUAGAAACGAUGGGGAGGAAACUCGGUGAUCUUCGAUCCAUGGUUCAUGAUAUGCAGGAAAGGAACAAAGGAUUGGAAUCCAUGUUGAAAGCUAUUGCUACGAACCUUAAUGUGAAGUGGGAGGAAAACAAUGACGACGAUUAGGUAUGGGGAUUCUCAGCAUUCCUUGGUGCUCUACCUCACUCUGGUGGUUACUUUUUUACUCCCCGUUUUCUAAUAGUUUCACCAUAGAUAUCUAUGAUUAGUAUAUUGCACUAGCAUGUAGCAUAAUCGUGGCAUAAAAUGUGUUUUUUAUGAUUUGUGUCAAUACAUUUUAUAAUUUGUUGUGUUUUG